CCUACGUCACGUAAACAGGAAGUGUAAUCCACAAGCGCCUAGUUCAACUUGACAGAGGCUACAAACAAGAGCAGCGAGUGUUUCAGCCACUUCAAAGUGGUUGUUGGGUGUUUUAAACUAUAACGUCACACUUGUGAGCUACGCAGCUAGAGUAAACUAUACUUUAAGAGCGAUGUGAGUCAGGUUUGGCUCCUUCAGCCUCGGUCGCUAAACUUGUGUUAGCCUACAGGCUAAAGAUUUGCGUUGGCGUUAGUUCAUAACAAGUACUUCUUACAUUGAAAAGCAUUUGAGGAGACGUUUAAAACACACAAUACCAAGCGAUAGAUGAAGGUUAUGUGUAACGUCGUAUGUGUGCUGUCGUUAUGGGAGAGAAGGAGCUGAGUCUCAUUGACAAGAAGAUCAGAAGUUUGCUGGAUGUCCACCUCAUCCCCACUGUAACAUCACUGAACCUCCACUGCAACCACAUCCAAAGGAUCGAGGGCCUGAGCGCAGCGUGGCACCUGCGCCAUCUAGACCUUUCCUCUAAUUCCAUCUCCAAGAUUGAGGGACUUAGUUUUCUCACUUCUCUGAGGACUUUAAAUUUAUCUUGUAACUUGAUCAGCAAAGUUGAAGGACUGAAUGGACUCGUGAACCUAACAAGAUUGAACUUGUCCUAUAAUCAAAUAAAUAAUCUCACUGGCUUAUUGUAUCUUCAUGGCAAUGAGUACAAGCUGAAGCACCUCAGUCUCCAUGGCAACCACUUGGACAGUAUUGAUCACCUGCUGCAGUGCCUGUUAGGACUGCAAGGUUUAAAAGAGGUCACUCUGAGCCAGGACGGCAAAGACAACCCUGUGUGUAGAUCGACAGGCUUCUGGGACAUUGUCAUGCAAUCAUUACCACAGAUUUCUGUUCUGAAUGGUCUGGACCGCCUGGGAAAUCCAUCACAUGUAGGUCUUGGUAGUCCAUGUGAUAUCCCUGGUCUGGAAGACUAUGUGGACCUCCUGCUCUCCUCAGAUGCUAGUCACAAGGAACUGGUUAAAGAUGAUGGUUCUUUUAACACACCACGUAUUGAUGAGGUGCUGACCCAGUUUCAACAGCGGAUUGCCUCUGAAAUGGCCCCAGAUCCAGUCACAGAACCAGCUUGUUCCAUUGUGACUGACCCAGCAGACCCUAUUAAUGAACAGCGCAUCAGGAAACUGGAGCAGCAGGUGUCCCAGCUCAUUCAGAAGGCCCCUCCAGGUGACAGAUGUAGUGCCUCUGCCCAAGCUGUGGUGAAGGUAAGGAAAGCCAAGCGGGACAUAGACCGCACGUCAGAGAGUGAGUGUGAUAGUGGGAAGGAGAACAGACGGCGCUCCAGGAUCCCCAAACAUCGCAACAGUGUGACAACAACGCUGACCACCAAGGAGAAUAAAAGCAGGAGAUCAGACAGCGAUCAGGAGAAUCAUAAACAGCAGAGUUCAAAGUCUGCGAUGGGGCCCAGGAGGAAGGCUGGCGGCGGAGGAGGUGUAGACACAGUGAGGCCAACACCGAGACGACCUGUGAGAGCUGCUAAGGGUCCAGGAGAGUUGAAAAAUAAGCCCACAGAGGAAGAGGAAACCUACAGGACAAUCGUGGAGGAGCGUGACCAGGAGAGGGAGAGACGCUGGAAAGCUGAGCAGGCUGUGAGGAAGCUAACAGAGGAGCUGAAGUGCGUCCAGAUGAAGGUCAGUGAGGAAAAAGACCUCCAGAGCAUGGCCCUGCACACCACAGACCGGCUGAAAGAAUUGUUGCUAAAGGAACGAUCAGGGCGAUCCGAAAUGCAGACUUGCGUUGAGGAGCUGGAGGGAAGAUGUCAGUCCCUGGCUCAGCAGCUGGAGCAGGCCCGCAGCAGUGAAGAACAACACAAGACUGCGCUGCACCGACUGGAGGAAAGCAUCUCCCAAGGAGAGGCACUCAGGGCCUGCCAGCAGGCUGAGGAGAUGAAGCGAUACCAGGAGAUGGAGUACAAGGCAGCAGCUCUGAGGAGAGAGCUGGACAUCCAGAGAGCCUCGGUCCGCCAGCACAAAGGCAAACUGCAGCAGCUUCACGAACUUCUCGCGUGCAGGGAACAGGAGCACAGAAAACAGCUGGAGCUGCGGUUGCAGCCUGGAGGGGCAGAUUUCCGUGAAGCAGUGGCGAAAGAAGUUGCAUCAGUGGAACAGAGACACUCCCAGAGGGAAGCGGAGCUGCAGGAGAAGCUGGCAGACGGCAGGAAGCAGUACGCUGCUCUGGAGGACGAGUUCCGCAUGGCACUAACCAUCGAGGCUGCUCGAUUCUCUGAGUUGAAGGAGGCUUGUGAUCAAAUGACUGCAGAGAUGAUGGAGCUUAAGGCGAGCCUUGCCCAGUCACAGCAGAGGGAGAAGAAGUCUGGGUCCCUGGUGCAGGAGCUCACAGCCAUGGUCAAAGAACAGAAGACCCGCAUCUCAGAGCUCAUCAAAGCAAAGAAAGAGGCUGUCACUGAUCUGAAGAGCCGUCUGCAUUCCGUGGAAGCAGAGGUGGAGCAGGACCGACGCCUCGGCCUGCAACUCGAGAUGCUCAAGAAAGACAAGGCGCGACUGUUGUCUCAGCUCACAGCUCAGGAGUCCGUGAUUGAUGGCCUCAGGGCAGAGAGGAGGAUCUGGGGCCAGGAGCUUGCUCAGCAAGGAGUAUCCUUAGCUCAGGAUCGUGGACGCCUAGAAGCCAGGAUAGAAGUUCUGAGCACUGAGCUGGAGACACAAAAGAAACAGAAUGAGAGAGACAACGAUGCCCUUAGAAUCAAAGCAAAAAUCGUUGAUGAUCAGACAGAGACCAUAAGAACACUCAAAGAGGCCCUGCAGGAGCGUGAUGAUCAGAUCCGCAGGCUGCGCGACGAAACAGUCCAGACUCAGAAGAGGUUACAGCAGCAGCAGGAGGAGGAGACGGCCCAGAAGGCUGAGCUGAAGGAGCAGCUGGAGCACCUGAGCCUACGCAAGGAGGAUCUGAAACAGCAGCUUGAGGACAAAGAGGCAGAGCUUGAGGAGGUUAAGAGGGUUUACAGAGACUCCAGUAAGAAGUGGCAGGAGAAAGCCGACCUGCUCUCUCUGCUAGAAAACCAAGUAAAGCGCAUGAAGGAGAACUUUGAUUCUAAGGAACGCCUGCUCCUGGAAGAGAAAGAUAAAGCAAGAGAAGCACACAAAACUGCAGUCGAGAAGCUACACUGUGUGGAUGAUGCUUUUCGCAGGCAGCUGGAGUCUAUCCAGGCUGCCCAUCAAACUGAGCUGCUACGACUGGCUAAUGAAAAGCAGAAACAGAUAGAACAAGCGAAUCAAAAGGUAUUUGAAGUAGAGGAGGAAAUGCGUCAUCUUCUGGAGGAGAUGGAAACCAAGAAGAAAGUCAUGGAGGAGAAAAUGAAGCGUCUCACAAGCGUGCUAAAAGACUUUUAACACCUGAAGUGUCAUUUAUUUUCACAGCUAUGGAGAUAGGAGGUAAAAUAGUAGAUAGUUUUAUGUUUGUAAUUUUUGUAUUAGGUAAUUGUAUUUAAAUAUGAUUUUAUCUAAUAAAUUAUAUUUUUUGUGGA